AUGGAGCAACGCUGGGAGAUGCAAUGCAAGUCAGUGAUGAAACUUCAUCAGGUUGGAGAGGAUUUCUUGUCGGUUCUUACUGAAGUUAUGAAUAUGAGGAACAAGAGCAAGGAGCUGGAGAAGAAAGGUAGGAUCAAUGGUUCUCACAUCCCACUCUUCGCCGACACAUAUAUGAAGAUGUUUGGGGUACUCAAGAAGAUGGAUCACAUGGUGAAGGAGUUCACAUCCAUCAAGCUGACUACCAAAGAAUCUAUCAAUCUGUUUAUCCAUCUCAACAAAAUGUUCCUUGAGUGGAAACCUCACCUUGUUGUUGUUGAAGACCUUGCUGAGACUGCUAUUGAUCGUCACCUGAAAUAUGAUGUCAAAGAUUGA